AUGCAGUUUGUUAGAGGACUUAAAGAUAAUGAUGUAAGAGGGCAGUUACUACAGAAAGAAACAAGUACUUUCAAAGAAUCAGUGCAAGCUGCAAUUUCCUUCGAAUCCUCAAGACUUGAGAGCAGCAUUAUAUCAAAUCCUAAAACAGCUGCUGUUCUUAAGCUAACAGGAAGUACUGAAAGAAAGAUGCCGGAACAACAACAAUAUGGAAGCAAAGGCCCAACCAAGAAGACCGAAAGAUAUCAUACAGUUCGCUCUACAUUUGACCAACUAUGUGGACGGUGCUAUCGAUGCGGGGAUAAAUUCCAUAAAGCUGACAGUUGCAGGUAUAAGGAUGAAUUCUGCAAUUCUUGUAAUAAGGUUGGUCACUUAGCCAGAGUCUGCAUGGCAAAGAACAGAGCUAGGCAUAUCAACCAGAUCGAGGACAAUGAAAAUGUAAAUGAUAUUGACCACGCAACGUGCGACACAUAUAAGAUACAAAUGAAUGGUUCUGACAAGUUCAUGGUUGAAGUUACACUAGAAGGAAAGCCAAUUCAAAUGGAAUUGGACACAGGAGCAGCUUUAUCGUCGAUAUCAUACAAGGAUUAUAAGCAACUAAAUUUGAGUAAAAAGCUAUUUCAAACUCAUGUACAACUAAGAACUUACACGGGCAAACUUAUCAAACCAAAGGGGGUAGUGUAUGUCGAGUUUAACUUCAAAGACAAAGCAUACUUUGGUAAGCUGUAUGUUAUUGGACAAAAUGUUGAACCUAUUUUCGGAAGAGAUUGGCUUAGGGAGAUUAACUUAAAAAUUGGGGAUAUCCGAACUAUUCAAGAAAACUCGUGUGAUCUUUCUAAAAUCCUUACAGAAUUCUCUGAUGUUUUCAAAAAGGAAAUUGGAUGUAUUCCAAAUGAGAAGGUUCAUUUAUCCCUUCAAGAAGGUUGCAAGCCCAUUUUCAUCAAACCCAGACAAGUUCCAUACUCACUUAAAGGAAAAGUAGAGGACGAACUCAAUCGACUAGAGAAUGCCGGUAUAAUCACUAAGGUGAACAAUGCUCAGUGGGGAACGCCAAUUGUCCCAGUGGUUAAACCCAAUGGAUCUGUAAGAAUAUGUGCAGACUAUAAAACUACAAUUAAUAAAGUGAUACAAGACGACAAACAUCCAAUACCUAGGAUAGAGGACAUUUUCGCGGAAAUGAAUGGAGGCAAGCUAUUUUGUACCUUGGACAUAAGCAAUGCUUACCUGCACAUGCAAAUGGAUGAGGAAAGUUCAAAUAUGCAAACUAUAAGUACUGAAAAAGGUCUUUACAAAGUCAACAGAAUGAUGUUUGGGGUUAAGGUAGCACCAUCAGUAUGGCAAAGGUUCAUGGACAGAAUACUACAAGGAAUUAGCGGUGUUAAAUGCUUCUUUGACGACAUUAUCAUACAAGGAUCAAAUUAUGAAGAAACUGUGCAAAGAUUGAAACUAGUCCUAGAUAAAAUGAGGGAACAUGACCUUAGAUUGAAUUUUGAAAAGUGUAAAUUCUUUCAGAAAAGGAUUGCUUACUUAGGUCAUACGAUUGAUGAAAAUGGACUUCAAAAGGGGUCUGAAAAGGUAAAAGCGAUUGUUGAAGCAAAGCGACCUCGUGAUGUCAACCAAUUACGUUCUUUCAUAGGUUUGGCAAACUACUACAAUAAGUUCAUACCUAAACUGGCAGAGAAACUAAACCCAUUAAACAAACUCUUACAGAAGGGCAAGAAAUUCGAAUGGACUGAUGAAUGUGAACGAAGUUUUGAAUCUGUAAAAAUGGACAUUGCCAAAGACAAAACUCUAAUCCACUACAAUCCAUCAUUACCUUUAAUACUGUCAACAGAUGCAUCACCAACUGGCUUAGGAGCUGUAAUUUCACACAGGCUAAAUGAUGGAACAGAGAAGCCAAUUGCAUUUGCAUCUAGAUCACUGAGUAAAAUGACAGUCGUUACAGACAACGGGACACAAUUCACCAGCACGGCUUUUCAAAACUAUUUGAAAGAAAAUGGAAUUUGUCACAGAACAUGCGCACCAUUUCACCCUUCUAGCAAUGGACAAGCAGAAAGAUUCGUACAAACUGUGAAGAAGGGGCUAAAUUCAAUGGUGGGGGAGAGAGGUGACAUACAAACAAAGAUCGAUGCAUUAGUCACACAGCUGAGGAAGGCACCAAGCUCUACAACUGGAAUGUCUGCAUACAAGAUGAUGUUUGGCAGAGACAUCAGAACUAAACUAAACGUCAUGUCAGAUAAAACAGAAUGGUUUAGAGUUGAACAAAGGAAGAUGGGAAGACAGUUCAGUGUGGGACAAAAGGUGCAAGCAAGGAACUAUGCAUCCAAAGAAAAGUGGAGAUUAGGAGAGAUCAUCAGUCGAGUGGGCAAUGUCAUGUACAGAAUAAAAAUGGACAAUGGAUUGAUAUGGACCAGACACACUGACCAGAUCCUCCCUAUGAAAUAA